AUGUCAGGAGACGGAGUCUUAUUUGAGAUUUCCUCCACGGUGGUUUCUUCAGUUCAGCUGGUGGCCAGAGGAAUUAACAAGAUGUUCAAGACAGAAGGUGAAGUUGUUGAUGCAUCACAGCCACUUUUACGCACAGUUACAAACAUCUUUGGGUCUCAGUAUGAUGAUGAACUCAUUGGAAAUGGAGAAAGGAACCUGAUAGAUGGGGGAGGAGGGAUCAGGGAUAUUCUGAUUGGUGCUGAAGGAGAAGACAUUUACAUGGUGAAAGGCAGAAAACGUUCCUCUGUGCUCAUUGAAAAUUACUCCAGAGACGAGAAAACUGACCUGGCCAUCAUAGAAGCAAAUCUUCAUACGUUUGGAGUCUGGGUAUUAGGUGAUGCUGUUCAUCUGGUGGCUCACCAUGGCAGCACAGUGUUUGUUGUUACUGUAGUGAACUGGUUCAGGUCAUCAGCACACAGACACUUGCUGUUCAUCACAAAGGAUCUGAUCACCUUCACAGUGUCAGAUAACAAAGCUGACUGCCUGCAGAGGAACAUCUUCACCACAUGUAUAAAGAGCCUCAGCAUUGACUACAGCAGCUCCCCGUCUCCUCUGAGGGUGGACCUUGAGAAGGAUGAGGCUUUGGACAGCGUGACAGAGAUCCGGGGGUCAAACUAUAGUGAUGUCAUCAAAGGAAACAAAGAACACAACGUUGUCGUCCGUGGAUUAGGAGAUGAUUUCAUUGAGGGGAGAGGAGGAGAGGACUGCGCCUCUGCUCCGCUUCCAGUUAUCAGCCGGACGAGACAAACGGUACGAAGCGCCGGAUCACUGGUUUCACCCAGCAGCAACAUCUGGGACAAGAGGGAAGUGACAGCGAAAGACGGAGAAUACCUGCUGGGCAUAAAGAGACUGAGAAGGCUUUACUGUAACGUGGGCAUUGGUUUCCACAUUCAGGUCUUACCCAAUGGGAAGAUCACGGGCGUGCACAAUGAAAACAGAUACACCCUGCUAGAAAUUUCUCCAGUGGAGAGAGGAGUGGUGACUCUCUACGGGGUGAGAAGCGGUCUCUUCGUUGCUAUGAAUGACAAAGGGAAACUCUAUGGCUCGGGACACUACAACGAUGAAUGCAAGUUCAAGGAGAAUAUCCUGGCCAACAACUACAACGCCUAUGAGUCAGCUGCGUACCCUGGCAUGUACAUCGGCCUCAGUAAAAUGGGCAAAAGCAAAAGAGGCAACCGGGUCACACCCAAAAUGACCAUGACACACUUCCUUCCCAGAAUAUGA